ACACAUCCCCUAUGUCAAAAUUUUUAAUCGUCCACAAAAGAAAAAAUAUUUCUCUUUAAAAUUUUAUUUUAAAAUUUUUCAAAAAAAAAAAAUCUUUUUUUAUUGAAAUGUUCCAAUAGCAAACUUUAGUUAAUACAGAACAGAAAUACAUACACUUUUUCUCCCACAAUGGGAAACGAUACAAGUAAACUUAAAGGUUUAGUUAUCGACAAGAAUGCCAUCGAAGCGAACGAUUUCUGGUCUCUGUACAAUGCCGAAAUGCCACAAGACUCUGAAGCCGUACGUAUGGUUUCUAUAUUCCAAGGAGAACCAGUAGUCAAUGGCCAAGUUUGGAUAAGUCAAGGACCCAUGGACCGAGCAGUAAAGAAUCUUAUGAUUUACCGUCACCCAUAUAUUUUGAGAUACAUCACCUCUUGGGUACAAGGAUCACACAAACAUCUUGCUACAGAAUGUGUUCGACCACUGUCUAUUGCCCUCCCAACACUCACGGAUAUACAAGUCUGUCUAGGGCUUCGAAAUGUUCUUUGUAGUCUGAUAUUUCUAGUAGAGCAGGCUCAAGCCCGCCACCUGAAUAUUGCCAUCUCAUCGGUUUAUAUCAAUUCCGAGGGCUCCUGGCGUCUGGGCGGUUUCGAAUACGUGUGGAAAAACAAAGAAGUCACUAAAACCCUCUUGGAUUUGGCUAAUGCUUAUCGUUACAAACCAGCCAUCGAUGAAAACGAAACCAAAACCUCGGGUGAUUGCAUUGAACAAUACGCCUUUGCUGUUCUUUGUGAGGAAAUCCUUAAACAAUGCUCGUCUCCCGACACACCCUAUGUUGCCGACUUCCGUGAAUAUUGCGCUACUCACUUGCGACAUCAAAACAUCGCCAUGCGGCCCAAAUUAUCGGCAGUCCUCCUCCAUCCGUACUUCAAUCAUGAAUUUGUUUUAAUUCAUUCUUUUUUAAUGGAACUGCCACUAAAAAAUCCCCAAGAGAAACAAGAUUUCUUUACGGGUUUGGUUGAUCGUUUGAGAUAUUUUGACGAGACAGUUGUUGGAUCACAAAUCGGCAGCCUGCUGCUCUCGCGAAUGGUUCUUCUUGAUACCACCGCCCAGCUGUGUGUUACUCCCUACGUACUGAAGACCAAAUCAGAACUCUCCGCUGCCUUGUUCGCCAAUACCACCUACAUCAAAUUCAUCAUUCCAAGAAUUAAAGAGAUCUUCUGCGUGCGGGAUGCCCAGAUACGACUGAUAUUGUUGGAGUACUUUGGCGAAUACGUAAAACUGCUCAGUAGAGAGGAAUUGCAAGACCAAAUUCUACCAAAUCUUUUACUUGGCAUUAAGGACACCAAUGACAUUCUAGUUGCCAAGACAUUACGAUGUCUGGCUGACUUGGUUCCUCUUUUGGGAUCGGAUAUGGUUAUUGGGGGCAACCGAGCGAGGCUUUUCGCCGAUGGCAGACCUCAAGCGUUACCUGACAGCACGAGUCAUUGGGUUGAGCCGCGUUCCAUUACUCCAGUGAUGGGAGGAGGCGAGUACAUGGUCUCUGGGAGCCCCUUGCCAGACAAUGUUGACGUGAGUGGAAGUUACAAUUCUCUGGGGGAAGUAAAUGGAGUAGUCAUGCCACAACGUUUGAGUCCCGAUGGCGGUGAAGAUGUUCACAAUGGAACUGAUGGAGAGAUAGACGAAGACGCUUGGAGUGAUUGGGAGAACGAAGAGCGACAAGAAGUAGCCCCUGCCGCCGCCGUUGUUAUUGAAAACCUCAUCAUAGAGCCACUACCUUCCGCUACCUCAUCGUCGUCGGUGGUUCAAUCACCUCGAAUAUCCCUCACGGACUCCUUCAAGACCUCAUCCUCGAAUUCUGUUGUGGCUACACCAAAGAUCAUUGACGAUAUCAGUGAGUUGGACAUUAAGGUGCAGAAAUUGCCUGGAAGUGCCAAUGAUGACAUCGACUUCUUCAAAGAUAUGGAACCUGUCAUCCAAAAGAGCACAACAUCGAUCAUUCCUGAAACAUUGCUAAGCAGCACAAGCAUUGACGAAAAACUGCCAUCGCCCAAGAAAUCAAACAUUGCCGUUGAAGAUGUCAAAGUCGACAGUAGUAGGUUUGAAUUCAAAGCACCAGAGCUGGAAGAAACCACAGCAGAAGCUGGAUGGGGUGACGACGAUAUCGAUGACUGGGGACAGUAAUGUUCUCUAAUUGGAAGGGAAAAGCAUUUCGUUUUUUUUGUCUUUAUAUUGUGAUUAAGUUAAAUAGCUCUUGAUUUGUGUGUUUAGAAUUUUAAGAAGUCAAUAUGUUUUGGUUAUAUGAAAUAAAUAAAACUAAAUGUAGCAUCUUGUAAUAUAUACAAUACAUAGAUAUAAAAUAUA